AUGCCGUCUAAGCAAUCGAGGGUCCAGAAUGAAAAGAUUGUUCAACAAAUACCCAGAGCUAGCCCACUGAUGCUUUCCGUUAUUUCCGAUAUUCUUCGUGAAUAUCAACAGACAACUGCUUUGGAACUUAAGUUGAUUGAUGUCUAUCUCGUUUACGUUUUCAUCACCGGUGUUAUUCAAUUCCUCUACUGUUGCUCCGUUGGAACAUUCCCAUUCAAUGCUUUUCUCGCUGGGUUCAUCUCUACAGUGGCAUCGUUCGUAUUGGCGGUUUGUUUGCGAAUGCACAGCAACCCACAGAACGCUGAUGUGUUCCCUGAUUAUAUGCCGGAGUGGGCCUUUGGAAACUUCAUUUUUGCUCAUGUUGUACUUCACUUGGCCGUAUUCAAUUUUAUGGGCUGA